UGUUGACAUCGGUCGCCGAUGCGGACGGAUGUGUGUCAGAGACCCUGUAUUGUGCGUGGCGCUUGAAUAGUUCAAACCGUGCUGUGCGUUGCAGUGCUGUCGCGUGCGUGUGUCUGUAUGUAAUUCGGUCAAUUUCGUCGUAGUCCGUGUGACACAUAUACACAUACAACAAACGGACUGCAUAUACGUGCAUAUGUGUGUAUGUGUGAGUGACUGCAACACUAAGCUGUGCAUGAAUGUUGCACGACUGCGGCAACUGUUGCAACAUUGGCAAUAUCGUCGCGCUUAUCUGUCGCUGUGUGCAUGUGCUCGGACACGUCCGCGCGUUUGAGGCGCACUCUGGCCGUCAAUAGAUUAAAUGUGGCAAGUUAUUUGGUGAAAUCGCAGCUUUUGAGGCACAUUCGUGUUUAUUGGCUUUGGGCGAGCGCAAAUGCGGUUAACGACAAAUCGUGUUGCAUUUUACCGUUGCUCAUAUUGUGGUUGCAUUUCGAAAUUCGCGCGGCGCGUUAAAUAAACGAAAAGAAACAACAAACACACAGUCAAAACAUAGCUGAAAGCAAACAAACAAUUCGAAAUAUUUUUAUUUUCACUUUGGAAGCGGCAACGCGCCACAGCGCGCUGUAGUGUUGUUGCGUAAAAUUGCGCAGCCAACCGGCAAAUAAACGGCUUUGCGGUUCGGAGCGGCAACCGGCAUACCUCGCGCCGCACAGUACUCACCCUGUCACAAGCGCGCCCUGCGCAGUACAUCGACAGCGCGUCAAAUUGCCGCUAAUGCUACAUGCAUUAAAUCGCGCGCGCGUGCGUGUGUGUGUGAGUGCGUACGUUAUUUUUGCAUUGCGGUGCGCGCUUUGAACUUCCGUUUCCGUUGCCAUUUCAACAGUCAAGUGCAACGGUGCUGGUGUUGAGUGCGCGCUGCUUGUUGCAAGUGUCAAAUUAUUCAGUGCGCCACCCUAAACACAAACCGCCACGCAACCCAUUUUACCGUUGCAAUUGUGCCGCGCGCACAUUUGGCUGGUUUUUCGUCGUCGCCAGCGCCGCGUGUGGCUUUGUUGUUUAGUGCCGCGUCGCGCCGCGCUGCGUUGCAUUGCUCGGCGUUGCGUUUUUUGCGGUCGUUCGCGCGGUCUCGACAAUUUAUUGUGAUUAUGUUGCACACACAAUAAUGUGGCGGCAUCAGUGGUUGCAUUGAAAAGUAUUUACAUACACAACUACAUAUUAAUACCAGUGUGUGUGUUUGUUCGUUGUGCUGUUGUGUGAAAGUGCAAAUACCGUUAUUCGUAAUUGCAGCGCAUUUUACUCUGACGCCUGUGCCGCGCCGCGCAUUUCAACUAAUACAGGAAAACGGGCGAAAAUCACGUGCGUCACACCGCAACGCAUUGUGUUUAUGAAUAUUUAUGAAGUCGCAAUUGGCGCCACAAAAAAGGACUUCAGCAUUUCAUUAGCGCCACACAGACAACAAAAACAACAAUAAUAAGAACAAGAUCCAGUAAAGAAGUAACAACAGCAGCAUAGAAGCGCCAAGGAGCAUAUAGAAGAAGAGAAGAGCAAGGAGGAAAGGGUGCGAAAUCUACUCGAGAAGUCCCUCAGCGCUUGUGAGCGGCGUUAUUGUUGUAGCGCGCAGUUUACUCGCUGCCCGAGGCAUACCAGCAGUGUAACAAUUCUUCGUCUAACGGUAUUCGCAGUUGCUGCUGUUAUUGUUGUUGUUGAAGUAGUGCUAGUGCAGCACGUGCCGGCGUCAUUCCGUGCUCAACACACCGUGAAAUGUGCAAUUCUUGGCUCCUCAUAAUUGCGAUUACACUGGAAUGCUUAUGGAACUCGCAGCUGUCCGAAACAUCGAAAUCAUGCCCAGCCGAGUGCAUCUGCUUAUCACAGACACAAGUGCUGUGUAACACUGGCGGUCUGGCGCAGAUUCCAUUGCGGCAAUUACCCUCGACCGUGGAGAAUCUCGCAUUAACGAAAAACAAUUUCCCAGUCAUAAAACCGGACUCAUUUGCCGGACUGCGCGCGCUGAAGAAGCUCUCGUUGGACGGCAAUAAUAUAACACGCAUCAAGCAGUUCGCCUUUCGCGGUUUGCCGCGUCUCAAGGAGCUCUCCAUACAGUAUACCCCUCUACAGACUGUCGCCCAAUUCGCCUUUGCCGGCCUGCAGAAUCUUUCGACCAUACUGCUGAGUCACAAUCAAAUUGCGACCAUCGAGGGUAACGCCUUCGCCGGCACAUCGAAUGUCAAAUUGAUUUUACUCUCAAACAAUCCGCUCAUACGCAUCGACACUUCGGCCUUCUCGAGCCUCACCAAUGUCGGUCAUCUGAUAUUGCCGUCCGGCAUACGCACCAUCGAGCCGGAUGCCUUUCUCGGCAUGGACACGGUGGGUUUGCUGAAGCUCGCGUACAUGGAUUUGAAGGAGCUGUCACCGUACACCUUCCGCGGUCUGACAAAUGUGCUGCUGCUGACGCUGCAAGAAUCUGAUUUGGGCAUUAUAUGCGCGGACGCUUUCACCGGUCUGUCGCAGGUGGACAAACUGCAGAUAUUGAAUAACAAAAUCGAUUUGAUUGAAGAGCUCAACUUCACCUACACGGCGGAUAUCAAGCUGCUCAAAUUCCACGGCAAUCAUGUGCUGGAGACGCCCGACCCCAACUCGAUAAUCAUCGACGGCGUCUCACAGCUGGAACUAGUAAAUAAUCACUUUCCCUGCGGCUGUCACAUACACACGCUGCUCGAUGGGCCGCUGGUCGAAGGCGCGCACAAUCUCAGCGAGUUCCUGCUGAAGAACUACUGCAUCUCGCCGCUGGAUGUGAACGGUCGCGCCAUGGCCGAGCUGGACAUCGAUUCGAUUGGUCGCUGUCAGGAUCAGCUGACGAAGGGCAACCUCGGCUCGUCCGCCGCGUCGAUGGCGCUGAGCGUGAAUGUGACCCUGCUCAUCGCGGCGGCGACAAUUGAGUUGCGCAUCUUACGCACCCUCUCGCAGCAACUGCUGUUGCUGUGGCAGUAUCGUGCGCGUGGCUCGCGCGGUCGGCGGCGCCGUUGGCACCUUGUCGGCAGAUAAAUCCACAGCCGUGGUGGGGAUGGCUACAUAUUUAGUGAUAUACAAACAUACAUUUAAGUACAUGUAAUUAUGGCAAAUUUUAUUAUGCGUCAAUUUGCGGCGAAUUGAUGGCGAAUUAUGUAAGUAAGUACUGAGAUUUAUUGUUUAAGUAGCGGCGCGCGGUGCGUCUAGCAUGAAAUAACUAAUUAAUUACUGCUAAGCUUAAGGAAAAUGCCACAACUAAUUAACAUAAAUUGCUCAUUUAGUUUAGGUAUUUGAUAUUAGUGAUGAAUAAGUAAUCUUUAAAAUGAUAAAAAAUGUAAAAAGGCUAGUUUACUGCGCAGAGU